ACGUGCUGCAGGAGGAGGAGGAGGCUGUGCGGUAACACGCGGAGCAGCCCGGACGGGACGGGGGGCGGGGCGAGGCCAGGAGAGGCGAGGCGAGGCCAGGCGAGGCGAGGCGAGGAGGGAGAAUGAAUGAGACGAGCUGGGCGGAGAAAGCUGGAGCUCCCCGGACUCCGUCUGUCUCUCACAUGUCGCCUAUUGUGCCCAGUGCGGCUCCGUCGCUGCGCGCGUGUUGACGUUUCGCUACCUCCUCGCGACGCGUUCUCGCUCCGGGACGUCAGGACCCCAAACCCGCGGACGUGCCUGACUACACGGGGCCGGGGUGCUCCGGACGACUCCUUUGUCGAGAAGGUGUAGAGGCCCGGCAGUUGCCCAGCAGGAGCAGGAGCAGGAGGACGAGGAGGAGGAGGACCAACGCUGCAACUGUGGAAUCCGCAGGCGCCCCAUGGAGCCAAGAUGGAGGAACUCCUAGAGUCGCUGGAGAGGAAGUUGCAGAGGCCCCUGUUGGCUAAGUCACGUACGUUACCCAGCAUCCCUCAGUCCCCUACGGUCUCCAGGGUACACCACGCUGAUCUGAUUGAUGGGAGUCCUCCAAGCAGGAAGAGCCCGUCCAUCUCCAACACCGCCGCCAACCACCCCAAAGCCUGCACGUUGCCACCUGAAGGAGAGCUUUGGAGGCUGGAAGACGACGGUGAGGGCGAGGAGGAGACCGGACGGGGCUUAUGCGCAGAGGCCUGCCCCCGCUCCCAAUCGCCAUUCUCCCACUUGCGGGCACGAGCCGCCUACCUGCGGAAGAGUGCCUCUGUGGACGACCACCUUGGCAUGGGCUCCGGCUACGGUUCGGGGCCAGCAGCCGGGAGCAUGGCGGAUCGCAGUGGCAAGAGCAAGCUGAAAAGGAAAUUUAGUCUUGGAUCUGUGGACCGCAAGGAGAACCACCAAAAGAAGCCGGAGUCGGGCAUCUCCAAAUUCACCCAUCGUCUCUCCCUGAAAGAACGACCAGCCAAGGCGGAGAAGACUGCCCGGGACCGACCUCCGUCCUACAGGAGGCGCUCUCUCAGCCUGGACUGGGCUGACUCCUCCAAGAUGACCCAGCCAAUGAGGGGGGACCAGGCCCACCCGUCCGCCCCCGCACGCAAGUCGGCCAGCCUGUCCUCGCCGAGCGCGGCCCGCCGGCUCUACCGCAACCUGUCCGGAAAGUUCCGCGUGGGCGCCAACCCCCCCGGCCUGGAGGACAGCGUGGUGUCAGGACGAGGAGGAGACAAGGAGCGCCUCCGAAAGACCACCAUGUUCCAGAGUAACGAGGCGUUGUUUGAGGCCGUGGAGCACCAGGAAAUGGACCUGGUCCAGCUGCUGCUCUCCCAGUACAGUCUGGAGGAGUUGGACCUGAACACGCCCAACAGCGAAGGCCUGCUGCCCCUCGACAUCGCCAUCAUGACCAACAACGUGCCCAUGGCCAAGCUGCUGCUGAAGGCCGGCGCCAAGGAGAGCCCCCACUUUGUGAGUCUGGAGGGCCGGGCGGUGCAUCUGGCCACCCUGGUGCAGGAGGCUGAGCAGCGGGUGUCUGAGCUGCAGGCCCAGGUUCGGGGGGAGGGCCCCGGUGAAAGGGAAGCGUCGGACCGGGAGAGACAGCUGAAGGCGUGGGAGUGGCGACACCGGCUCUUCAGACGCAUGCAGACGGGCUUCGAGCACGCCAACCCUCCAGAUGCACCCAGUGUGGUCCGUCUGUCUGUCAGCAGCAGCAGCAGUCUCAGGGUGGACUUCCAGGAGCCCCUCAGCGUCAACGCCGCCGUCGUCACCAAGUAUAAAGUUGGUUGGAGUUAUUCCCCCUCCUUCAGCCCGUUGCUGGGUGAGGUACUGGUGGAGGACACCACCCUGCUGCAGUGCAGCAUCACUGGGCUCACUUUUGGGACCCACUACUACGUCCAGGUGUCUGCCUACAACAUGAAGGGUUGGGGUCCUCCACUCACCUCCACCCCAGCCUGUGCUGUACCCUCCAGUUGGAGAGAUGUUGACGGCCGCCCGCCGCGUCAGAGAGGCCAGAAGGAGGUGCUGGACCAUCUGCUGGGUCAGAUCAAGGAGGCCCAUCGCCAGUGCGCCUGCCAUGAACAGUGCAAGGCGCCCCCACAGGGCAGGAAACACUCAGUCUCCAAAAGCCUUCGUCACCUCUUCCAACCCACGAGUAAAUUCGUCAAAACCUUGAAAAGAGGACUGUACCUGACGGCCAUAUUCUACAGAGAUGACAGCGUCCUGGUGACUCCGGAGGACCAGAUCCCCAUCGUAGAGGUGGAGGACUCCUACUCCAGCUCCCUCAUGCAGGACUUCCUGUGGUUCACCAAGGUGUCCUACCUGUGGGAGGAGAUUGUAUGGCUGCAGCAGUGUGUGAGCACCUCCCAGACCUCCUGCUCCUGCGCCCUGCAGACUCGCCUCAAGAUGCUGCAGGCUGUCGCCCACCUCCAGGGCAUGUUGGGAACUCAGGAUCUGGGUCAGGUGUACUUUGAGCCAAUCAAAGACAAGCAUGGUAACGCCCUGCUGGUCCUGCUGAGGGACAUGAGCACCUGCCCCAAUCUGGACGGCGUGCGCUGGACGCAGCUCUGCAAACUUCAGCUCCAACGCAAAUCCAUCUCCUCGCCCGAGGAGCCCACCGCCUUGGACAUGCUGCUCAUCACCCUCCAUGAGAAGCUAGCAUACCACAGGCGGAGCAGGAAGCUGUUAUCCCCGGGUUUGUAUCUGGGCUACCUGAAGCUGUGCACCUCAGUGGACCAGAUCAGAGCCCUGGUACCACAGAAACUCCCCAAUGUCCUUUGUCACACCAAGAUCCGGGACAACAGCAACGUGUCCAGGGAGGAGUGGCAGUGGCUCCAGGCCCUCAGCUCCCUUGACGAGUCCUUGGAGAUGGACCAGGACAUUCAAAGCACUCCACAUCGCCUCCUACAGGACCUCCGCAGUGCCGCCAAGGACCUCCUGGCCCACAUCAACAUUCCUGGCAACCAGGCGCAAGACUUCCGCAUCUAUAGCCAGGAAGUGUUGGAGUUUGGGGAGAAGGUCUCCUUCCUGCUCCUCCUGCCACCAUCAGAUGAGGUGUGCACGGCCCCCGGACAGAACAACCCAUACUCCCCCCGAUCCGGCUUCCUCACCCUGCCGCUGCAGAUCUUUGAACUGGUCCACUUUGACGCCUACUGCCCCACCUUUAUCGGACAGUACUGCAGGGUGUCGGCUCUGCUGGAGCUGGAGUCGCUCAUGUCCCAGCAGGCUUUGCGAGAGGCCUUCUCUGAAGCCGAGCUCCACAUUGCCAAGCAGAAGCACCAGCAGGUCCAGGAACACGUGCAGCAAAUGGAGGAGGUGUGGCGUGAGGUGAGGUGGAUAAUGGAUGCCCUGCAGUAUGCCCGCUACAAGCAGGCGACUGGGGGAAUCUCCUUGGCCUGGAUCAUCGACUUCUCCAAGGACGUGGUCCCGGACAAACCCCCCUCCAUCUCCUCUCAGCCGGACUUCCUGCCCUCCCCCACGCCCUCCCCUGAGCCCUGUCGCAAACACCCCGACUUCCAUGGUCUGUCAGACGAAGAGGGGUCCUCCGAGGUCUUCCUCACCACCGACAGUGACUAUGACUCCAGCCGUGCCCAGAGUCCCCGGGAGCUGGACCUCCUGCCCCCCUCCCCCCUCUCAUCCUCCGCGCCCCUGGAGCCACGCUGCUACCUGCGCAGCGACGGCAGCAGCUCAGGGGGAGGGACCAGUGUAGGGGGAGGAGGAGGAGCGCUCAGGGACUCCACCCCUGAUGUCCUGCAGGCGUCAGAGUCACAGCUUGGGCGGGACGUGGAGAGGUCCGGUGGUGGGGGGGAGGGCAUUGUCAAGGAGAGGCGGAGGGGGGCUCCGGAGCUGUUUGACAGCGACUUCAUCCUGCCCAGCCGGCAGAUCGAGCUGCUGCGCGUCACUGAGAAGAGGCAGGCCUUCUGCGUGCGAACCAGCAGCCUCGAGUUCCCCUCUCCCUCCUCAUCUGCCUCAGUCUACCAUCAUCCUCAUCACUACCCACAACACUACCCCAACGCUACCACUUCCCCCUCUCAUUCACCUUCCACGUCACCCUCACAGCGUUGGCACAGACCCUCCUCUGUGGACCGCUGCUGCCCGGCUGAGCGAUGCCUGACACGUCCGCUGCCUGCGCGUACGCUGUCAGAGGAUAGUGGUACCAUGAGGCUCUCAAGCCCGUCGCCUGGCACUGACAGGAAGGGCUGGCACGCCACGCUGCGGGUGUACCCGCAGUACCGCACGGGCCUGCCGAAAGAGACCAGUGUUAAGCUACGUGUGACUCCGGGGACGUCCGCGAGGGAGAUGAUCCAGCUGGUGGUUCAGGAGAUGAACGCGGUGUCUCAGCGCCUGCUGGGUAGUACCGGGGGAAUCGGCGGGGACCGGUGUGUGUACUACAGCCCUGAGCAGCUGGAACACUUUGGCCUGGUUCUGGUGGUGGAGGACCGGGAGAAGUGGCUCCAAGAUGACUUUUGCCCCCUGGAGCUCCAGAACCCCUGGCUGAGGGGUAAGCUCUGUGUCCGCAUCAAGGAGUACUCCCCCCUGGCACUCAAAUACAGCCGAGCCACCACUGUAUAAUGCCGCUGGGAGAGGAGAAUAAAGGGAAGCGUCUUCAGGGGCUCUCCAUGUUAACUGGGAUUCCUCCUUUGAUAUAUAAGGUGUUGAACUUGUGAAGUAUUCGCCAUAAUCAGAGGGCCACAUUUGGACAGAGCUAAACUGAAAUGCCCUCAAGCCCAAAUCCUUUUCUCCUCUGGUUGUUGUGUCAUCAUCCACUUUAGCUGAAAUGUAGUCUGUUUUUUGUUUGUUUGUUUUUGUUUGUUUUUUUUCUGAUAUGCUGCUCUGAAAUUCAAUGAUUCUAUGAAGUAUGUUCUCUCAAAAAAACACAAAGGUGGUUUUUCUGUUUUUCUCCGUGCACAUCCGCGAAGCUCAUCCAGAAACCAGAUGAAAAAUAACAGUAAAAAGGGAUAAGAAAAGAAUGGUUUUCAUACAACUGGACAUUCUUGAGACAAAAAAAGGGAGCAAAGAUUUAACAGUGCCGUCAUCACCUCUGAUGAGAUAGAUGCCAGUGCAUAGCAGAGUUGGGUGGGGUUAACAGAACGACAAAGGCAGCAUCAUCCAUCCCCUCUUUGCAGCCACAUGCAAACAAGCCUUUUCCUAUGAGCCGAGCAAAAUGUUGACUACACCCAUUCUGCCCCAUCUACCCCAGGAUGUGGGAUAUGGACCAGCCCCAGAGGGAAGGAAGGGAAGGAAAGCAACCGAGGGGGGCUGGCGUCCCUCCACUUGGGGACGCAAUCGCCUCAAACGAUUUGGCCUGUCCAGUCCUGUCACUCAGCCGAUCCUGGCUGCUGUAGUGUCUGGUAGCAAUUGAGCCAGCAAUCCAGCCAGAAAAAAGGGGUGGAUUAUGAAAGAGAGAGAGCGAGAGGAGGCUGAAGGCUCUGUCUUUCAGAGCCUGGCAUCGACUCUAGGGCUUGUUUUCUCCUUUGCUCCACGACAAGCCUUUUCUCUGACCCCUCCACCCCACCCACAUUAUAUAUAAGGCAAACCGACACAAUUAUCUCCAGUGAGGUUGUGGAUUUUACUGAGAGAGGACAGACAAGCAAUACUUUGCACCAUCUUACCAUGGCUUGCAUUUAUGUCAUCCUUUCUUUUUCCCGGACUGAUCAGGGAGGCUUUUUAAAUCUCCCAGGAAUCUCCUGAAGCCAUUAUAAGUGGUGUACUUAAAUACUCUUUUCUUGCUGUGCUAAAGGUCAACCAACCUAAAGUUGUUGAGUUUUCUUUGUUUUUCCUUAACAACAAUAAGUGGUAUCCCAAGAGGGUCCUGGGUUCAAACCUCAGGCCGUCCCAGGUCCUGUCUGUGUGAAGUUUGCAUGUUCUCCCGUUUUUGCAUGGGUUGCCACUGGGCACUUCGGUUUCCUCCCACCAUCAAAAAGACAUGCAUGUUAAGGUUGAUACUCCUGUCUGUGUCCCUGAGCAAGGCAACGGAAAGAAGAACUGGAGUUGGUCCCCGGGCGCUGCAGCUGCCUACUGCUCCUAGCUAGCUCCACAGCUAGGAUGGCGUGGGGCGGGGUCUUCUAGCUGUGUUAAAGGGGUAGUUCAGGACGUUAAGCAUCCAAAAGCAAUUCUUGCACAAGUCGAUAGGUAUGUAUUUUGUCCCUCUGGAUAAAACACAUACAAAAAAGAGUGACACAGCAGACCCUUCAAGGGUUCAUGUCGGUGUUUUGGAAGUGCUCCAAUUUCCACACAGAGUCCAUAGAUGUGUGUUUGGUCAGUUGGAGACUCCACAUUGUCAGUAAAUAUGAAUUGUGUGGGAUUGAUUAUGUGAAGGCCCUGUGACCUGCCUGGUGGCCAAAGUAUAGUGUGAUUUAUUCCAGUACUCCCAGUUGCCCUAAAAUGGAGAGAACGCAUCAGUAAAAUUCCAGAAAAAUUGAAUCGGUUCAUCUCGACACCAAGUUUAGCGGGAAAACAUUUCAUCACUCGUCUAAGUGACUUCGUCAGUUUUCAGAUGACUGCAAGUAUCCCCAACCUUAUAUUUUCUAAACACUGCGUCUUUCAAGCCCCAAAACACGCCGCACCAGAAAUUAGUCCGCCCCCCAAGUAUCACGUUCCCUGGCACAAACAGAACAACAUGCGUAGUGUACGCUGUUAAUUGCUGGAAGAAUGCCGUGACUUGUACAUCAGCGAAGCCAAACCAUCUCUGGUGGAGCAGAUGGCCCAACACAGAAGAGCUGCCUGGUCAGGCCAGGACUCCGCAGUCUACACCCACCUGCAGGCCAGUGGCCACUCUUUCAAGGAUGAGGAUGUGCACAUCCUUGAUAUGGAGGAAUGCUGGUUUGAACUGGGACUCAAAGAGGCCAUCUAUGUGAAGAGAGAACGACCA